UUUUUUUUUUUUUUUUUUUCUAUUUAAAAUAGCACUUUUUUUUUCUUCUUCUUUUGUACGAGCCGUUUUCAUUUUCUUCCAACUCUUUUAUAUUUCUUUAAAAUGGCUACUCAAGCGCUUGUUGAUAUUACCACACUUUCUCCCAAGUUCCAAGACCUUUAUGCCAAGGCCAAGAUCUUUGUUGAGGAAGAAUGUAUUCCUGCUGAAAAGACCUUUGAACUUCAAAUGGGUCAAAACGAAACCAGAUGGAAGAUCAUUCCUGCUAUUUUAGAAGAACUUAAAGUCAAAGCAAGAGCUCUUGGUCUCUGGAACCUCUUCUUGAACCAAGACUACCCCGAAGGUGCUGGUUUAACUAACCUCGAGUAUUCAUUGAUUGCUGAAAUCACCGGUCGUUCACCCAAGUUGGCACCUGAAGCCAUGAACUGCUCUGCUCCCGACACUGGCAACAUGGAGGUCUUUGCCAAGUACGGUUCUCCCGCUCAAAAGGAAAAGUGGCUUAAGCCUCUUUUGGACGGUAAGAUCCGAUCCGCAUUUGCCAUGACCGAGCCUAGAGUUGCUUCUUCCGAUGCCACCAACAUUGAGACGUCCAUUCGUCGUGUAGGUAACGAGUAUGUGAUUAACGGUUUAAAGUGGUGGAUCUCUGGUGCCGGAGAUCCUCGUUGUGCUGUUUAUUUAUUAAUGGGUAAAACUGAUCCCGAUAAUAAGAACCCUCAUCGUCAACAAUCCAUUGUCAUUAUUCCCGCCGAUGCUCCUGGUAUUACAGUGGUUAGACCUAUGAAGGUCUUUGGUUAUGAUGAUGCACCUGAGGGUCAUUGUGAAAUCAUCUUUAAGGAUGUCCGUGUACCUCUCGAGAAUAUGGUGUUGGGUGAAGGUCGUGGCUUUGAAAUCAUUCAAGGUCGUCUUGGUCCUGGUCGUAUUCAUCAUUGUAUGCGUUGUAUCGGUAUGGCUGAACGUGCUUUAGAAUUAAUGUUGAACCGUGUUACCGAUCCUAGUCGUCGUACCUUUGGUAAGCUUUUGGCUGAACACGGUACUGUUGUUACAGAUAUCGCUACCUCUCGUAUCGAAAUCGAUCAAGCUCGUUUCUUGGUCUUGAGUGCUGCUCGCAAGAUUGAUCAAGUCAAGGCAAAGGGUGCCAUGAAGGAAAUCGCUAUGGCUAAAAUCGUUGCUCCCAAUAUGUUGCUUAGUGUCUUGGAUCGUUCCAUGCAAGCUCAUGGUGCCGCCGGUAUCUCUCAAGAUACUCCCUUGGCUCACUUCUAUGCCUCUGCUCGUACCUUGAGAUAUGCUGAUGGUCCCGACGCCGUUCAUCAAGCACAAGUGGGUAAGGUUGAACUUCGUCGUGCUGCUGACAUUACUGCUAAAAUGAAGCAACAAAAAGAUAAGAGCGAUCGUCUUGCUGCCAAUGCCAAGCUCUAAAUCUCUAUUCCCUUUCUUUUCUAACACACAUCCAAUUUUGUAUAAUAUCCCUUUUUUUUUUUUUUUUUUUUUUUUUUUU